UUCAGCUUUAGUCUUUAAUUUCCCUUAAAACACUUGCAGGCGCUCUAACAAUGACAGCAACAAAGUAGUUAUGAUGGGCGCUUGGAUUUCUAUGUUGCUGGCACAACGCGUGGACUUCCAUGUAACAUCUGAUCACUUCAUAUUAUCAGUCAUAACACUAUCUCAAAGUUCCCAUCUCUCUGAACACCUCCAUGAAAUCUCUGCUUCCUCUCGCUGCUAUUGAAAGGGUAUUUAGGUAUUUUCACAUACCUUCUAUUUCCCCCUGCGCUUACACGUGCGCUGAACUUUGCUGAGUAAGCUGCAUAUGAGAUGAGAAUGCAUCUACAGAUACAUGUCGAUGUUUUCUACGAAAUUUCAUCAGAUUUUACUCCCAGCAUCUCUCUUCCUCUGUAUCUUCUAUGGAAUUUUCUCCGUGAGCUUUUGCUGGAUUUCUCAGUAACAACACGAGAAUUUCUCCGUCGUUCUUCUUUACUCACUGGUAUUUGAUUAAGAUUGGUAGGUGUUUAAAUUAGGAAUAUCUGUUUCACCUUACAGACUGAAACGCUUCUGAAAUCUUCGAUUUUCUGUCUCUGUCAGUGUAAUUUCCUUUACCAAAGAACUCAGCUUUUCUGAUCUUUAAUAACAACUUAUUUUGCAUAUCCAUAAGUGCAAUUUCUUUAUCUUUUUUGCUGAUUGUGCUAUUGCUUUCGAUGUUUUUGAAUUCGAAUUCUACUGAAAAAUUCAAAGUUUUCUAGGGCCAAAAACUGAAAUGGAAUAUCAAUAUUUUGUUUGUGGGUUUUUUAUAUGAUGUAUCAUUGUGAAGAAACGGUGUUUAUAGCAAGAAAAAGCUACCUGUAGCUUAAACCUCAAAGUUAACUCCUUCUCACUGUAAGACCUUCUUUGCCACCUCAUUUGUAUUCUUUAUGAUUAUUUUUAGUUGAAUAUUGUAUUUUGCUCUGUUAAUCAAAAUUUGGUUUUCUUAAUGGAUAUUAUGCGUAGUAGGGUUGGCUUCAUGUUGAUUUUUGUUUACCCUAAACCUGUGGUGUUGCAGUUGUUUGCUCUCUUUGUCCCGUAAGUGUUUGAUAAAAUUCCUCUUUUAGCUUUAUUGUGUUUUUUCCUGUUCAAAGCUUCAACUACACUUAAAUUCUGUGCUAAUGCCCUUAUGACAAUGGUGAAACGGCUACUUGAGAUUGUAUCUAAUUAACUUUAAUACACUGCAUAAGUGAAAAUAAUAUACAUGUUUCAAUUAUGGAACCAAUUACAAUAGAAACAAAUAAAGACGCGGACACACGCACGCACGCAAAAGAAGAAAAAUAGAAACUGACUGCUUCUGAUAAAGGAAAUCAUACAAUCAAUGAUAUAUUUAGUCAAUUUUGAGAAAGAAGAGUUACUAUGAAGUCACUAGAAGGAAACUUCCACAUAGCUUUUCAAAAACCAAUAAAAGUACAGCCUAUGUUGUUCUCUUUAUAAGCUACAGGAAUACAUAAGUUUGAAUAAACCUUUUAGGCAACUAUACAUAAUAGUCUAGCGGUAAGGAAGUUCAUGAAAAAUUUGAAACUUCUUCAAUUCAAGCCAUUUUAGUUUUACUUUUUCCUAAAGGAAUAGAAGUCAGAUUUCAUUGGAGGAACUGUAAUGUUGACAGAGAAAAUAUUCAAAUACAAGAGUUUCUCUUCUUUUGUUCAAGAAGGGAUAUAAUCCGAGGCAUUUUAGGUCAGAAUCAUUCUAAAAAACUUUUCAUUACUUUAAGGAAUCUGGAUGAUAUGCUUAACUGCCGGCAAAAUUAACUUCAAUAAAAUAAACGAAUCAGUUCUUUGAGUUCAUCCUUAAAUCCCAUUUUGACAAAAAUAAAUAAACUAAAGAAAUCGAUAGUGAAGGACUUGAUGGACAUUCUUUUUUUCAUGUCUGUUUGAAUUGAAUCUGAAAGUAGAGUGAAAGAAACCGUGAUUUAAGUUUGUAUAUUUGUCUAACUUCAAAGGAUUUUGGCCUAUGAAUUUCACUUAUCAUGCCAAUCGUUUAAGAUCUGCCUUUUCUCCGUAUUACCAAAAUUUCUUGAAUAUCUUUAACAAAGUUUUCAAUUCUUUCUCGACGCAGGGAGUUCCAACACUCAGAAAUGUAGUGAUUACAAAAUCUAAAUCUAAUUUUUACUAGAAAUUCCUAAUUGUUGCAAAAAAUGUCAAGUGUAUUUUACGUAUAUUUGCUGCCUCAUAUUUGUAAUGUGGGAUGGUUUGUUCUUGCAAUUUUACAGUUACCAAUAUGCAGGUUAUAUUAAUAAAAUGGAACAAAGACUUAGUAUUAGUGAAAUUACACCACUAACUACAGAAUGGACUUGCAAAGUCCAGGCUGUAGACAAAUUUCGGCCACAAGACAAUAGAGAUCAGCGAGUUCAUUUUCAGACAAUAAUUGUCCAGGAUGUAAGCAUAAGUCAAGUUACAACUAUAGUUGUAACAUAACUUCUUUUCACUUGUACUCUUCCAAUAAUUACUUAGUCAUCAUUCUUAAUAACAUUGUAGGAGGAACAAGUUUGUGUGAUACUUUAUGGUGACGAUAUUAGAAGAUGUGAUAACUUGUUCGAACUUUUUGAGACAUAUCUGAUUUCAACUGCCAAGGUUAGAAAUCCGCAGCCUUAUUCACUACAUAUAGGCCAAUUUGAGUGGAUCGUUGACAGAUUUACUAUUGUGGAGUCUAUCCAAAAAAAUAAUGAAAAGUAGGCACCGUUACCUCCUCCGUCAAGACUGAGUACGAUUUCGUUCGCCGACGUUGCACAAUAGCCUUCCGGUGUUAAAGUUGAUCUAUUAGCGGUGGUGGCAAACUGUGGGGCAAUGCAAUACACCGCUGAUCAGAGUAAGAGAUUUCAAGAGGCCAUAGUUAUGAACAAAAUGAAGAAACCUCUCUUCUUCACUAUAUGGGAAGACUUGGCAAGCAAUGAAGGAGCUGAAUUACUGAGACAAGUGAGACAACUACAAGAAUAUCCUAUUAUUCUCGCGAAGCGGAUAGGUACCACAAAAUAUCAGGGUGUUACCCGUUUCGCAACAAGAUACAACUCAACAAUAUUAAUCAAUCCCCAAUAUGUGGAAGCAACUGAAUUACGGAAUUGGAUAAAUGAGAACAAACAAAUGCUAAUCGAAUACACAAUGAAUAGUUCAGCAGAGUCAGCUUCAUCGCUUAAUCUUGUAGCUGUUGACGAUGAAAUAUUAUCUGUUUCAGCUAUUGCUAUGCAAACCUCCACUGCGGAAAGUUUUUACGUCGAAGGAGAAAUUUCACUACCUGAGCAUUUCCAACGAUUUUACCUGCUAGGUUGUUCUGAAUGUAACCAUCUUGUUCGGAGCAAAAUAAAAAGGGAGAUUCAAUGUAUAAACUGCAGGCUACCACGAAUGUUAAUUCCAAGGUGCCACUUUGAGGUAGAAAUUACAGACAAAACUGGCACAAUAACAGCAAUAAUGUCUGAAGGCUUGGGCGAAAGAAUAUUAUCAAUGACAGCUGAACAGAUAUAUGAUAUCACCGCUGUUAAGAAUGAGUUAUUCCCUGUUGCCCAUAUCAACCAACUACUUGCGGAUAAACUAUUCAGAAUUCAGCUACAAAGGUCAUCAUCCAGAACACCGGACAAAGAUUCAGGUUCUCUGGUUCUUUUGUCAUACACUGAAAAACCAACCAUGUUUCUACCAGAAGAGUCAACAUCUGCGAGUGGUGCCGACAGAAUUAUGGAAAAAGAGCCAAUACAUGUGACUGAUGCAAAAGCAACUAAGAAACGGAAAAGGGAACCAAGUACUCUACCAAAGCUACAGUCAAGAUUGUCGAACCAGUGAUGUUCACUCAGACAGUAUGCGAUGUACAGGCACAUUUUGAUAACAUUUUGCCAGAUCAAACCGAUCUUUUAACAAAGUUUAGAUAUUUGUCCGCCUUAACAAACUGUUCCACAUUUUUUGCGUAGAUAGUUGUCAGUAGUAUGUGCCUAUGUUUUUGAAGGCAAUUAGUAUUAUUUUUGGAUAUUGGAGCGGCCUCUAGAUGAUGUACAUACCAGUCUGUUUAUUGAAAUGUAGAAACUGAAUGUAGUGUUGCUAUAUAUCUUGUCUGUUUCACAUUAA